UUGGUGACAGUGAUAGCUCCUAACCCGCCAGUGACCAACAUCAACUCGCAAGUCGACCUGCAGAUCUCUGUAGCCAACAUGGACAUCGCUGCUCAGACCGUUGAGCAGAUGACAGACGGCAACAUCAAGUCCUGCUUCCUGAAGCAGGGUUAUCAAGUAGAAGUAAUCAAAUCGCCCUCGUAUCCCAACCAACCAGCUCAAUCUGGCGUCGAUUGGAUGUAUUGGAUCAAGAUCGGAGGAGCCGGUCUGGGAGGGCUCUUGAUCGUGAUCUGCUGCUUCGUCUGUUUCUGUAGGAAGGCGAACAAAAGUGCGCCGGAUGAUGAGAUCAUCAUCAUCCCGAGCAGGGGAAACACUAUUGUGUUGACUUUGAGGGAGGGAGAAGAAGCAACCUUGGAUCCGUAUGACACCUACAUUCACCCACAGAGUGCCAAUAGCCAGCAGCGGCGACGCGUGUCCAUCCGCAACGACAGCAACUCGACGAGGUCCAUCGAGCUUCAUUUCUCCGAGAACGGCUCCACGAUAGUCCGCACCCCGAGUGUUCGGUCCACCGGCCACGCUCAUUGGGACUAUAUCGAAGAGGAGAAGUAGGCAUUCUGCUGUGAGUCAUGCGGCUGCUUCAUCGGAUGGUUGUGGCCCGAGGUGGCCCGGUAUAUCAUAUGCGAAGGCUAUGUUUCAAUUAUGUGUUCGAAUAAUGUUGUUCAAUGUUUGUUCACUAUUCUUUUAUAAUAAUCGUAAAUUAACUG